UCAAAAGAACAGUUAUUUCAGACAUCUGGCAACGCCAACGAGAACCACCAACGCACAAAAUCGUGUGCGCGUCUGUUUUGUUUUAGGAAAAGUUAUUGAUAAAUUACUUUAGUGCCUUCCAUAAAAAAUAUUACUAGGAAUAUAGGAAUAUAUCCUUCUCUCCAUAGGGUGUAAUUCCUAAUACUGGCUUUACCCCGAAAUGGCGGUAAAAUGUCGACUCUGUGGCAAAGACUUCUUGGCCUGGCAGCCCAAGAAUUUAUUCGUCAACCAAAAUCGGGAAAUAAUUGCUAGAAUUAAAGUAAUCACUGGACUAUAUUUAAGGGAAGAGAAGCAUCUCCCGCGACAUAUUUGUACUAGGUGCUAUGAUCAGUUGCAGCUUUCAACCGGCUUUCGGGAACGGUGCCUUCGAAAUCAGAAUAGAUUGGCUCAAAUGAACCAAGGACUGGAACCUGGUUACCACUCAUCCAAUACCAAAGAUUCGCUGAAACUUCAGGACAGUUUGCUUGCCACCGAAUCUUCUCCAUCGGAUGAAGAAAAUUUUCCGAAAACAACGACGAAAUCUUCAGAAGAGGUGUACGAGUUAAAAGAUGUAGUAAAAGAUGUUAAAAGUCUUAUUGUUCAGGACAAUUUCAAUAGUGCCAAUGAAUCUGAAACGGAGGAAUGUCCACUAGUAUUACCUAAACGAGAACUGUCUCCAGUUGACACCACUAUGCCUAUAAAUCCUAGUCUUCCAGCAAAAGAACUCGAGUCUCAAUCAAAGACAGCCACUGUGGAUAACAUUCCUCGUGCCAAAGCCCCUCGCAAAGAUUUGGAAUUGCAGUGCAAUAUGUGCGGAAAAUAUCUCAAGACUGUGGACAACCUAAAGAACCAUCGCCUACGCCACUUGGGUGUCAAAAAUUUCGCCUGUGAAAUUUGCAAUAAGAGGUUUGUGACAAAACACCUAUUGACGCUCCACGAGCGAGUUCGUCAUUUAGGCGAGCGACCUUACCCAUGCGGGUAUUGUCAAUUGUGUUUUUUCACCAGCUCGGCUCGCAAUUGUCAUGAAAGAUUGCAACAUAUUAGAGACAAGAGGUACCAAUGCGAUGAGUGUGGAAAGCAGUUUAAUACACCGACAUUUCUGAAGAGGCACCUGUUUGCUCAUACUGGCCAGAAACCACAUAGCUGUGAAACAUGUAGCGUUAGCUUUUCGCGUACGGAAUAUUUAAAAAAUCAUUUGCGAUCAAAAAAGCAUCAGAAAAUGGCAGGAGGAGUCGUGGACUUCGUAAAAGAACCAUGAAAGACUGUUUUUAAUCCAAAUAACAUAAACUACUGACAUUUAUUCGUUAAUAUUCUUUAUAAAACAUGGGCACGGGCUUGCCAUUCGAUUUAAUUUCCAAGUUACUUGUAUUGCCUAGAAUUUUCCGACUUUUUUUAGUUUUAUAAACUUAGAGAACAGUUUUUUUGUUUUGUUUUAACAUUAUAUCUUUUUGUUUUUUUUAAUGUUUAUUAUAAACAAUAAGUUUAAAAGUUACGUCCAAAAGCUAACACUGACUCAUAUAUAAAAA